UUGUCUGGGAGGUGAGAGGUCUGGGCUGGAAUUUGAGUCUGUUUUAAGGCAGCAUCUGUGGUUUGGCACAGCCUUGCUCAUGGGUCUCAGAAAGAAUAUCCGUGACUGUUUGUGUUCAUGGUCCUGAUUGUGCUGCAGGGAACAAGAGGGGAGAGCUGUACUUUAUUGGCCACUUAGAUCUCUAUACCGGGGCAGGGUUAACCAUUUUGCCAUCUACUCAUUGUUGCCAGCAGUUGCUCCAGGUGCUCCUGCCAACAGCCCCUGCAGGCAGGAGCACAGCCCCCAGUGCACGUGGGUUUGGCUCCCUCUGGCACAGAAGCCCCCCAGGGGCACAGGUCUCUGGGGCAGGAGACGGGCACCAGCCCUGCCAGGGCUCGGGGCUGGCAGGUCUGCCUGGGUGGGGACUCUGCCACAGCUGCUGGUGUCAGCGCUCCCCGGGCCCCAGGGCUCAGAGCAGCAUUCGUGCCCUGGCCCACAGUUCCUUGUGUGUGCCACACCCGCGGGUUUAGGGUGGCCACGGGCUGGGAUGCGUCCCGAGGAGGCUGUGGCAGCUUCCAUGGAAGGUUCUGUGCCCUUCCCAGCGCAGCUGUGUCGGCAACCCUGGGAGCUCCUUCUGCUGCCCUGAGCCCGCAGAGCAGGGCAGCGUUUGCUGAUGGUCUGAGCCGUUCCUAAAGAUCCUGUCGGGCUGUCUCAGACACUUGGGGCCAGGGAUUCCUUCCAACCUGGGCCACUUUGGCUGGGCAGGGGGUGGCCCCAGGGCAGGUGGCAGUGUGUGCAAGGCCCCUUUGUGACAUGGUGCAGCAUGGUCACUAUGGCAUAGAACGGGACAGGAUGGCCUUUGUGACACGUGCUGACAUAGGAGCUGGCACUAACCAGAGCACGCCACUCUGCUCAGAGCAGGCGACCGGACAGGACGGGACAGAGCGGUGCCGUGAGGAGCCCCCGCACAGCGCGCUCGUUCGUGCCUGACCCGGAGCUUUUCCGAGGCAUUAUUCCUACAGGUGACCUCGUGGCAAGACCACAGGACUUGGCAGCCCGUGGCCUUCCCGAGGCUUCUCUUUUGCAGGUGCCCUUGAGGACUUGUUCACUUGGAGCUUUCCCGAGACAUCUCUCUUUCAGGUGCCCUCGAGGCCAGACUCUGGCAUGGCGGGCAGAUUUCUCGGCUUGUUCAGAGUGUUCAGGGGGAAGAAAAAGAAAAGCCCUGAAGCUGCCCCAGCACAGGAGCAUGAAAAACCGGAGCAGUUCCAGCCACUGCAGGACAAUGCAGCCCUGGACCGCACACAAGAGAAGAAACCUGCCCGUGGCCGUUUCCGCAAAACCCUGAAGACGUUCUGGAAGUUCCCGUGCAUUCGACGUAGAAAGACCGGCAGCGCAGCAGCUGAGGGCCCGGCCGAGCCUGGCUCGGGGCUGACCGAGCUCCAGGCUGAGCCUGAUGUCAGCCCAGAUUUGCCUGAGCGCUCAGAGAACUCUGACACCUCAGUGACUGAAACUCGGACAAAGAUUCUUCUCACAUCAAUGACUGAGGAUGUGGACAUCACAAACGCCAAAACCAGAGACACUCAGGGCAUCGCAAAUACUGACACCAUGCCCUCUCCAACUCUGAGUCAGGAACUCAUAUUCGACUAUUUCAAGGACCCUUGUGUUCCUUCUCAGCAGCAGGAGCAUGAAAACCCGGAGCAGUUCCAGCCACUGCAGGACAAUGCAGCCCUGGACCGCACACAAGAGAAGAAACCUGCCCGUGGCCGCUUCCGCAAAACUCUGAAGAUGUUCUGGAAGUUCCCCUGCAUUCCACGUAGAAAGACCGGCAGCGCAGCAGCUGAGGGCCCGGCCGAGCCUGGCUCGGGGCUGACCGAGCUCCAGGCAGAGCCUGAUGUCAGCCCAGAAUCGACAGCCCACUCAGGGAACAAUGCAAUCCAUUCUCAGAGGGUGACGGCUGUUCACAUGGCAAUGGCUGAGAGCGUGGCCAUCACAAACACUGACACCAGAAUGACUCAGGGCAUCUCAAAGACUGGCACCAUGCCCACUCCCACUGUGAUUCAUGCUCCCACUACGGAUUUUCUCAAGGAGAGCGCUGUUCCUUCUCAGCAGCAGGUGCCAGCCAUUGUAAGGAACAUUCACCAGCGUCUCAUGUCCCAAGUCACUGUGGAUAUCUGGCUGCAGAUUGACAUUUUGAGGCUGGCUGAAGAACACCCUGCUGACCUGGUGCUGACCCUCCUGCGCUGUGCCCCAGCGUGUGACAGAGCCGCUGCAAUGAUGUGGAGAACCAUAGGCUCAUCGAGUCCCACAGUGGAAAAGGUGCUGCCAACGCUGCUCUGUGUGAUGGAGAACUGGCCUCUGCACAGCAUGUGCACCUCUGAUGGAGACAACGAGGAAGUCUUUGCCCUGGCUGCAACUCUGGUGCUCCGGGUGAUUCUCCAGGUGCCCAAGUGCCACGAGGCGAUGAACCUUUAUUCCUCCCACCUGUUUGUGGCUCUGCUCUUCCAUCUCGUCAUCACCACACAGCAGAUACCAUCAGAGGAAGUUGCUACAUUCUGGAGAGCAUGCUGGGAGGAACACCGCCUUCACUGCAAGCCCAACAGGUUUGUAGUGCAGACCAUGAAGGCUCUGCUCUGCCGACUGCAGUGGGACCAUGUGGUGCUGGCUAUGGAGCGCAAGCGUGGCUGGGACACGCUGCUGUGUGCUGAAACCCAGCACUAUGCUGUGGGUCUGCUGGCCAGGGUGUUGUGCCAUGUCUUGGACCCCUUCUGUUCCCACAUUGCAUUCCGCCUGCUCCGGCCACAGAGCAGGGAAGAGCCGUGCUGGGAUCUGCCCUCCCUGGCAUUCCUGGUGGAGGUCCUCGGGGGCCUGGACUUGAGUGAAUGCGGUGACAGCGUUCUGGAGAUGAUGUCAAGGUACCUGCGGAGCGAGUGCAGGGAGCGGCGUCGCCUGGCGCUCCGAGGCCUUGUGGUGCUCACCAAGGAUCCCUCGAUGGCCAGAAGAAUGUACCCGCUGUCUCAAAGCCUUCUGGAGCUGCUGGGGGAUGCAGAUGGAGAGGUGGUCAGCAUGAGCCUCCGUGUGUUCACAAAUGUCCUCCAGCACAAAGACAUCCUGGUAUCCAGCACCACUGCCCCGAAGCUCGCUGAGGCACUCCUCCUGCUCUUUGACCAUGACAGCAACUAUGUGCUCUUGCUCUCUAUUCAACUCUUUGACAAGAUGAUGAACUUGGUAGUGGAUGAAGGAAAAAAGCCCAUGAAGAAGAUUUUGUGUCAGAGCUUGCUCCCACUUUUCUUGCACUGCCAUGAGGACAACCAGCGCGUGGCAAAUGCUUCUCGGGAAACGCUGCUUGGUGUGGCCGAGUUUUUGAAGAAGAGGAAUCUCAAGAAGCUGCUGAAGAAGGAGCAGCUGUCAAAGUUUGCCGAGUGCCUGCUGGCAGAGGACAGCAGCAGCGCGGCCGAGCACCUGCGCCGGGCCCUGCCCUACCUGCAGAGCCCACAGGAGCCCCUGCGAGAGGCGGCCGUCAGGUUCAUGGGGAUGGCCGGGCGCUACCUGAAGGGACAGCCAGCCGAGCUUCACCUUCUCACUCAGGCCCUUGAAGCCAUGAGCGAAGAUGACAGCCCAUCCUCCACUAACCUGGAAAUUCAGGAAAUUUUUGGACAAAGAUGUGCAGAACUAAGGUCAUCUGCUGGAUUCAGAGAACCACGAUCCCAAGAAGAGUACCAGGAGACAGUGAAGAGAGCACCAGGACUCAACGUCACUGGAGCCCCAGGCACACCUGAUGCUGGCCACAGCUGUGCCUGCUGCAAGCUCCCAUAGCUGCUGCCUUCCCCCUCCCUCUUACUUCCCUCCCCAUUCCCUGUUGACAGCUCCUCCCUCCAGCCCUCAGACCCUGCCCAUCCCCUUUUUUUCCCCCUCAUCUCAUCCCUUCCCUUUCCCUUCCAUUAAUAAAGAGUUUGGUUUCUCCCCCUUA